AUGUGGAAUAAUGCAGAUGGCUCGUGUGCUAAAUGGCCUAAUGAGAGAACUUGGAUUGUUUGUGAGAUUUUUGCUAAACAAGUCAGGAUAGGUAAUCGUUCAAGUACCCAUUUCAACAAAGUAGGCUAUGACAAUAUGAUUGCUAAAUUUAAAGAGAGGACUGACCUAAGUUACAUGAAGCUACAAUUUAAGAAUAGAUGGGAUAAGUUAAAGCGGGAAUAUGCUACAUGGAAGCUAUUGUUGAAGCAAACAAGUUUAGGUUGGAUUAAGCAAAGGGACAUUCCUAGGAGUUUUAGGUUUGAACAUCGGGGGCUUCAAAAUGAAGAUAAGUUGAAGAUUAUGUUUGAAGACCUUAGAAAUACCGGUGCUGACCAUUGGGAUGCUUCUUCAGGUACCCUCCCUGGUAGUCCUCAUGGCCCCGAGGAUGAAGGUGAAGGUGAAGGAGAUGAAGAUACUGACUAUGAGGAAGAAUGUGGUGCUACACCUGGUACAAAGGGAUUUUUUGUUGCUUUUGAAAUUUUCAUCAAGAUACCUAAAAGAGAGAUGUUUCUGACUCUGGACACACCAGAAGAAAGAUUUGAAUGGCUGAAAAUGAAGCAAGCAAAGUAUUACCCCUAG